GGCGAGAGAGCCGGGCGGGAGCUGCGGCGGGCAGGAAGUGACGGAGCGGUGCCGGCCGCGGGGGCAAGAUGGCGGCGCGGGGGGUGGUGGCCGCUGUGGCGCGGCGGAGCUGGGCGCCGGCCCUGCGGGGGGAAGGGCCUCGUCGCCUCCUGCAGCAGCAGGCGCUGCCCGGCUCCGACCAGCCCAUAGAAAUGGAGAAUCCUUAUAAAGAACCUCCUAAAAAGUGUGUCUUGUGUGGGAUAAAGGUGGACUACAAGAAUGUUCAGCUUCUGUCCCAGUUUGUAUCUCCAUAUACUGGCCGCAUUUAUGGCAGGCAUUUAACAGGCUUGUGUAACAAGAAGCAGAAGGAAAUUUCAAAAACCAUUAAAAGAGCUCAGGUACUUGGAUUUAUGCCAGUUAUGUUUAAGAACACAUCAUUUCUUACAGACCCCAAAAUUUGUAAUGUUAAGUAUUGAGAGUUAUAUACUGUAAAGAAAUAAACAAUAAAACUAAACGUACUGCUUCUGUAA